GCGGGAAGGGGCCACCCGAGUCAAAUGGGAAGGAGUGGGGGUGUCCGGAGAAAAAGGGUACGGUUACCGCCAUCCCUUGCCAUAACAAUAUUUGGAAAAAUACUGGCCAGGAGAAAAAAAAUGAUAAAGUUUUUCCUCAUGGUGAAUAAACAAGGGCAGACCCGGCUCUCCAAGUACUAUGAACACGUGGAGAUUAAUAAGCGUACACUUCUGGAAACAGAAGUCAUAAAAAGCUGUCUGUCACGGUCCAAUGAACAAUGCUCUUUUAUUGAAUACAAGGAUUUCAAGCUGAUCUAUCGGCAGUAUGCAGCUCUCUUCAUUGUGGUUGGAGUUAAUGACACUGAGAACGAGAUGGCGAUUUAUGAAUUCAUCCAUAAUUUUGUGGAAGUCUUAGAUGAAUACUUCAGCCGAGUGAGUGAGUUAGAUAUAAUGUUUAAUUUGGAUAAAGUACACAUCAUUCUGGAUGAGAUGGUGUUGAAUGGCUGCAUUGUGGAAACUAAUCGCACAAGAAUUCUUGCCCCUCUACUAAUUCUUGAUAAGAUGUCUGAAAGCUGAACAGAAGGCUCUGCUGGAUUUAUGGAAGUAUGAACACUCGGAACACAUCUCAGCAUCUGUGGCCCAAAAGAAAUCUGCCAGACCACACACUACAAAAUGGGAUAUUCUUCCAAAGGCACUAUAAAUAGAAGUGUUUCACAGUUCCUUAGUGGAAAACAAAACUAUUUUAAAGUAUGUAAAAAAUUUUCUCUAAAUUGAGAGACUGUUCUUUUCUAACCGUAAGCGCACUUCCCUGGCUUCUUUAAAUUUUGUUGAGUACCUAAGGAAUCCUAUUUGGUCUCUGCUUCCUUUUGCCAAUUAAAUUUAGGAUGAGCAGGCACAUAGGAAGAAAGUAUAGCAGUUGUGGAUCAAUUUCAGAAAUUGAUUUAAACAGACAAGGCACUUUGGAUAACACUGUUUCUCAAUGAUUUUCCUUAAUAAAGUCUUAGUAAAACUCUCAAAAGGCUUUACUAUAACAAGUACCUAAUGAAGACUUCAGAAUAAAAUUUUACUUUCCAGUUUCUAAAAGCCUUUGGUACCUAUUUUAAGGGCACUUAGCAAUUGUAAUGCCAACAUGUAAUUAACUCUACAGAGGAUGUUGCUCUCAAAUAAUAAACAUUAAGUCCUUAAAAGUAUCCUUUUUU